AUGGAGGCUGGGCGACGGGCUUGCUCUGCCUCCUGCCGCCCCGCUACUUGACAACACGGGGACGGUGACACACGGAGAGCGGACGACCGUGGCCCGUCCGAGCACCGCUAGAACAACUAGGUAAACUCCGGCGUAAGGGAACGUCUGUCACGAGUUAAAGUUAAGGGACGGCACCGCUAUUGGCGCGGACCCAUGUGGUUCGGCCACCGCUCAAUGAAGUUUGACGUGCUAACGGCAGGUGUUCGCUAUCGUUAGCUGCGGCGCUCGGCUAGCCUUCCGAUGUUGCUCCUCGCAAAUUGUGCCCAACUGGCGAAACGCGUCGUUACCGUUUAUUCUUUAGCCUUUUUAUUUUUAUUUUUUUACAGUCGGCAAUUCAUACCGUUAACGACCGAAGGCAUGCACUCGCGGUGUGCUCGCUCGCACCGUUUUGGAAACGACGUGACGGUAACAGACGGUUGGACUAUUUAAUUAGCCUCAUUAAGCUAGCAAUGCGUGCUACGUUACUGCAGGAUACCGUUAGCUCGCCGGCGUCGGAUUAUCGCGCUCGUUGGUGCGACGCUGCGCUGCCGAGCCGCGUCACUCGUUGCGUUUCCGCAGCAUGAGCGAUCGGUAUGUCAGAGUAAAGAUUCAAAUCGAGGACAUGAAAUCCCUGGGCGAGGACGCGGGGCGGGAGGCUGCGGAUGCCGAGGAGCAGGCGCCCGAGGGUCCCCCCGCCGCGUCCGUCUUCCCGGACGCUCCCGGCGUCACCGUGGCCGCCGGGGAUGCGUCCCGCGUCCCGCUCACCUGCAAACAGCGGGUUAAAAGUCGCAGCACGGCGGGGAAGGACGUCCGGAAACACGCCUCAGACGUGCCGCUGCACGGGUCCGUGGUCACCGCUCGUCACCUGAAUAGACUCGGGCACGAGCGGGCACUUCACGUCAGAGGCACCGGGAAGAUCCUGCGGGGCCAGUUGGAGGCGAACGGGAACUACGUGAACAUCCACCCGUCCAAAAACAAUCAAGAAACCCGCCGCGAGGACGGAUUCAAACUGGCCCGGAAGAACCGGCCGGUGACUGUGGACAUGUCCAAAGCCAAAACUUCAUUGGAGGCGCUCAAGUUAAGCAUCAAGCAGCUGAAGUGGAAAGAGUUUCCCCUGGGAAGACGAGCGCCCUGUGAUAUCUACUGGCACGGCGUCUCCUUCCACGACAACGAAAAAAUCGUCUCCGGGCAGGUGAACAAGUUCCCAGGAAUGAUUGAAAUGCUGAGGAAGAUCAACCUGAGUCGGGCAGUGAGGACGAUGCAGGAGCUUUUCCCAGAGGAGUACGACUUCUAUCCCCGGUCCUGGAUCCUGCCUGAAGAGUGCCAGCAGUUUUCCACCCAGAUCCGCAUGGUGAAGGAGAACGAACCAACGUUGAAUCCCACCUUCAUCGUCAAGCCGGACUCGGGCUCUCAAGGCGACGGCAUCUACCUCAUUCGUGACCCCAGUGACCUGAAGCUCAUGGCGGGGUCGCCGGCCAAACAGGCCGUGGUGCAGGAGUACAUCCAGAAGCCGUUACUCAUAGACAAGCUCAAGUUCGACAUCCGCCUCUACGUGCUGUUAAAAUCCCUGGAGCCGCUGGAGAUCUACAUUGCCAAGGAAGGCCUGACGCGUUUUUGCACCGAGCCCUACCAGGAACCAAGCCAGAAGAACCUGAGCCAUGUCUUCAUGCACCUGACCAACUACUCCCUCAACGUCCACAGUGGCAACUUCGUCCACUCGGACAGCCAGAGCACCGGCAGCAAGCGCACGCUCUCCAGCGUGCUGUACAGGCUGGCGGCCAAAGGCGUGGACAUCAAGAAGGUGUGGUCGGACAUCAUCGCGCUCGUCAUCAAGACCGCUAUCGCCAUGGUGCCCGAGCUCCGGGUCCACUACCAGGCCGACAUACCGCCCGGCAAACCGGGGCCCACCUGCUUCCAGAUAUUAGGCUUUGACAUCCUGCUGAUGAAAAACCUCAAGCCUGUAUUACUGGAGGUGAACUCCAACCCCAGUAUGAGAAUCGAACACGAACAGGAGGUGGCAACCGGAGUGUUUGAAUACGUCCCCAGUCCGGUGGACGAAGAGGUGAAAGUGGGCGUGAUCAGGGACACGCUGCGCCUCAUGGACCCCGGCCGCAGGAAACCCUCCGUUUCCCAUCUGAGGGCUGGCGGGCCGGAGCACAGCGAGGAGGUCCCCAUGGAGGCGGAGACACGAGACAGGAGCCCGGAGGACGGGGCGCUGCCUUCGCUGUGUCUCAAGCAGGUCUACCCCAAAUACACCAAGCAGUUCAACUACCUGCGGCUGGUGGAGCGGAUCGCAGCGCUGUUCAUACGCUUCCUCGGCGUCAAGGGCAACAUGCGCCUGGGCCCCACCGCCUUCCGGACCUUCAUCAGGACCUGCAAGCUGAGCAACAGUAACUUCUCCAUGGCUUCAGUGGACAUCCUCUACAUCGACAUCACACGCCGCUGGUCAGGAACAACGGGCGAGUCUAAAGAAGCAGGAAUGGGACUGCAAGCGUUCGUGGAAGCCUUCUUCCAUCUGGCAGGUCGCAGGUUUAAAUCCCUGCCGCUGAGGGAGCAAGUAGCGUCUCUGCUGGAGCUGUGCGAGGCGCAGCUGGAGUCCCAGACGGCCGUGGAGGAGCGGCGCUCGGUGAGCUGCAGCCGGGCGAUGCCGCGGCCCGCCAAGACUCACGCGCUGGGCCCCGGCAACCGUCAGCUGGGCUCUCCGGCCCCCCUGCGGAGGGCCUCCAGCCAGGAGUACCGGCUGCAUCAAAGGCUCAUUCCUCGCACGCUCAGGGCCAACGUGGAGAACUGAGGCGUCCAGCACCCGAACACGGCCCUCGCUGGUGCCUCCACCCGGUGGGGGAGGGAACAUUGGCGCUGGGGAGCAUUUCCUUCCUCCCCCGUUUGGUGAGGUCUUAUCUGACCCGCGUGGAGGAAGACGCCGCUGCUUGGAGACACUUACUGAUUCUACAGGGCAGCUAUUUGCUUCCCUUCACCUUUUCUCUUGAACACUGAAACCUUUUCUUUGUUCAUGGAUUAAUGCGGCUCCACACAGCGCACAAACAUUCAUGAGUGUGAGGGAGCUUCCUUAGUGUGUGUGUGUGUGUGUGUGUGUGUGUGUGUGUGUGUGUGUGUGUGUUUUAUCGUUGAAUUUGCACAGCUCUUGGAACUGUUAAUUUGCACAGAAAUGGAUGUGAGCGUGUUGUAUUUAUUUGUUAGGCUCAGCUGUGCGGCGCCAUUAGCGAUGAGCGAAGUGAACAAGCGGUCGCGUCGCCUCUCGGACCUUUUGCCACACGAUGUUCAUUGGGAAUUAAUUGCAUGGCACAAUCUAAUCAGAUGCAAUGUUUCUUAAAUGUGAUCCACGUAGCGUUUGUAAUACAAAUUCAUCCGAUGUGGCGACACACGAAGACGCCAACAGGAAAGGUCAUAGAUGUUUGUUAGCAAAACCACAAUCCUUGAACUUCAUGUUGAAAACUUCUGCAAGACUGACUCAUUUUCUGCAGAUGUUUUCUAACGUAAAGUCAAUUCAUGACGUUAUUAAUCGAUUGGACAAAUGUCUUCAUAACACUGCAAGAAAUAAAGUUCUGUUUCUGUGUGUC